AAUCUCCAGUUUGGACAUGACAAAGAAAAAGCCUACAAACAUAAACAGUUUUCUUGCAUAGCCCAUCAUGAGAUGCGCGAUCAAAUAGACAAGCAGAGCAAUCCUUUUUGCCCUCUUUCCACUGGAGGCUGGAGCGGUGGAGGUAAACACAACAUGAGGAAGAAGAGUCCUCAAUCAACAGUAUCAGCUUCACAGGCAUUCUUCACCCAUCUCUCCUGCGGAUUAGCCUUGGCAGCCGGAUUCUGGGUUUCCCACAAUGUCUACUCCAUCAAUCUCGUCUCCCAUCCCGACCACACCCUCUUUCUGAUCUGGGUUAUUCAGUGCCCACUUGUGGUCCUUUUUUACAGCUGCUUUCGAAAGAACCCUGAGAAAUGCUUGUAUUUGAAAGCUGUAGCCCGAGGCCUUCUGGGACUUCCUCUUGGAGCUCUACUGAAUGCUCUUGGAGCAUUGGCUUUGGGGGCACCUGUUGGCAUCCAGUACUUAAAAAGGACAAUUAACUGGUCUCUUAUGAUGUCUUUAUUCACUGUUGUGCCUGCAACUUCUGUUUAUGGUUCAUCAUGGACAGACUGGCAUCGCAUAUUUGCACAGACAAAACCAAAUGGAGCUUUGGACUAUAUGGUUUGUCUACCAGCACAUGGAGCUCUAAUUGGUGCUUGGUUUGGUGCCUGGCCAAUGCCACUUGACUGGGAAAGACCUUGGCAGGAGUGGCCUGUCUGUGUGUCUUAUGGAGCAAUGGUUGGCUAUGCGGUUGGAAUGGUGGGAUCCUUUGCUCUUGUGCUUGCUCAAGGCAAGCAAAAGUACAGAAAAGCAGAGUAGAAGAUUUAUUGGCACCAGCCGAUGGAAAGUUACAGAUUUUGGGAGUUCUGUAUUAGCCAUCCAUAUGCAAAACUGAGUUCAUUUCCAUCUCUCUUUCAACUAAGGAAUCAAUGUUGCCUUUUAUUUAACCAAAUGCUAUUUCUUCCGUAAACCAAUUCGGUCUGCUACUGAGCCAGAUUUUGUAUUUUCUAACUCUUUUGACUAUUUGUAGGAGGUGGAUAAGAAGAACAAAUGUAAUGUGGAAGAAUUUUUUUUUUUUUAAUCUUGUGAAAUGAGUGUAAUCUUAUGCAUUAAUUUAAU